ACGAGGGGAGUGGUGAAUGUAGCUUAGGAUGGGAGGUUAAGUACAGGAUUAUACUUGGUGCAGCUCAGGGUUUAGCUUACUUGCAUCAUGACUGUGUUCCUCCCAUUGUUCAUAGAGACAUCAAGGCUAAUAAUAUUCUCAUUGGCCCAGAUUUUGAGCCCUAUAUUUGAGAUUUUGGUCCUGCUAAGCUUGUUGAUGAUGGUGACUUUGCUCGUUCUUCCAAAACCAUUGCUGGUUCCUAUGGUUACAUAGCUCCAGAAUACGGAUAUUCAUUGAAGAUAGGAGAGAAAAGUAACGUGUAUAGCUACGGAGUUGUGGUCCUAGAGGUACUAACGGGGAAGCAACCGAUCGAUCCAACGAUACAAGACGGACUACACAUAGUAGACUGGGUCAAGAAGAUGAGAGAUAUACAAGUAAUCGACAAAGGAUUGCUAGCAAGACCAGAGUGUGACGUCCAAGAGAUGAUGCAGACGCUAGGAGUUGCGCUUCUCUGCGUUAACACAAUGCCCGAAGACAGGCCCACAAUGAGAGAUGUGGCUGCUAUGCUUAGUGAGAUACGUCAAGAAAGAGAGGAGUCAACGAAAGGUGUUGAAAAUAAUGGUUGCUCGGGAAGCUGUAACAACAAUGGAGGAGAACGAAUAGAUGAUUCUUCACCUUCCUCUGUUGUGCAGCAAACGGCUAAGUAUUUGAGAAACAGUAGCAAGAGUUUCUCUGCGUCGUCUUUGAUGUACUCUUCUUUCUACUACUACUAGUAAUGCUAGAACAAGUUUUCUACUUUUAGAGAUUGUGGUUAUCUUUGACGUUGUGAUUAACUCUGUGUUACAAACCAAGAAAUAAAAACAGAACAAUAAUCUGGAAUAUACUAUGUGAAAAUGUCUUUUUUGUUUGAUAUGAACUAUGUUUUUAUAUCUAUUAGCAUAUAGAUUAUAUAUGACCGUUGGGAAGUUUCCUUUAGCUAACCAACUGGUUUAGUAGUGGUUUAGUUUCCCUUAGCUUAAACCGCUCGUGUAUAUAUAUUGAACCAAUGUACAUUUUGAGAAUUAAUUAGAAAUCUUUUAUCAUACUUCAUCUUCUUCAAUAUGGUAUCAGAGCACAAAACGAUCUUCUGAUUCUGUUACUCGAGUUUCUUUUUCAUCAUGAGCGUUUCGAUUUCACAGAUUCUGUUUGGUCUCUGUACUCGCUUCGUGAUUGAUUUCUUCGAGUUUCUUGGAUUCGUUCUGCUCGUUCUUGGUUCACUUUCGUUCAGAUUCAUCGAUUGAGCUGAUUUGAGUUCACUGGAGCUCGUUCUGAGCUAUUUGGAGUUCGUUUCUACGUGGAUUCUUUCUUUUUCCGUUCUAUUCCGGCGAUUGCGGCGUUAAUGGCGAAUGCGACGGAUCUUGACGAUAAUCACACCUCUCGGGAUCACUAUGAGAAUCCUUAUUACCUUCAUACUUCAGAUCAUGCUGGAUUGGUACUUGUUACUGAUCGAUUGACUUCUGGAUCUGAGUUUCAUUCGUGGAGACGCUCGAUACGUAUGGCAUUGAAUGUUCGUAACAAACUUGGAUUCAUUGACGCCACGAUUCCUCAACCUCCACCGAGUGAUCGUCAUGCUGGUUCUUGGUCAAGAUGUAACGACAUGGUGGCGACUUGGCUUAUUAACUCUGUUUCCAAGAAGAUUGGUCAAAGUCUUUUGUUCAUGCCUACGGCUGCAGCUAUUUGGACGAACCUUAUGUCUCGUUUUAAGCAAGAUGACGCUCCUCGGGUGUAUGAGAUAGAGCAGCGUCUUAGCUCGAUUCAACAAGGUUCAAUGGAUGUGAGUACUUACUAUACUGAGCUUGUUACACUAUGGGAAGAGCAUAAGAAUUAUGUGGACUUGCCAGUUUGUACUUGUGGCCAUUGUGAGUGUGAUGCAGCUAUGCUUUGGGAGAGAUUGCAACAACGGAGUCGUGUAACUAAGUUCCUUAUGGGACUCAAUGAAGCUUAUGAACCGACGCGUCGUCAUAUCCUCAUGUUGAAGCCAAUUCCGAUGAUUGAUGAUGUGUUCAACAUGGUAUCUCAAGAUGAAAGGCAGAAGAACUUAAAGCCUACUAUCAAGCCUGAUGCCGUUGUGUUCCAGACCUCAGCUUCUCCUGAUGCAGCUCCUAUUGGUUAUUAUAAUGGACCACUUGAUAAUGCUGCUUAUGCUGCACAAUAUCGUCCUUAUAACAAGAUGGUUUGCACACACUGUGGUCGAACUGGUCAUACUAUUCAGAAAUGCUACAAGUUGAAUGGUUACCCUCCAGGACACAAACUGCAUAACCGUUCCUCUACUCAAGCUCCAUCUCGUAGCAAUCUUCAGAAUGGUCAACGUAGCUCUCUUCCGACUCAAGGUUCUCAGCAGCCAGCUAAUAUAGCAAAUGCAGUUGCUUUUUCUGGUGCUAAUAGCUUGGACUUGAGUAAGUUUAGCUCGGAACAAGUGCAGUCUCUGAUUAAUCAGCUCACCUCUCAUGUUCAUCCGACACCAACAACGUCUGUUUCUUCGAGUUCUGUGUCGCCUCUUCUCACAGCAACUAUAACUUCUCAAGGCUAUAUGGAUCCUCAAUCAUCUUCUGGUACUGUCUCAAUACCCUUUCCGUCUACUAGCCUUCGCUAUAAUCACAAAGCUCUGACUUUUCAACAUAAUUGCCUUUCCACACUUUCUUCUCUUCCGCUUGAUAGUUGGAUUAUAGAUAGCGGUGCUACUACUCAUGUUUGUUCUCAAUUGACAAUGUUUAGUGAGACUUUUCCUGUGCAGGGUGUGACAGUUUCCUUUCCUGAUGGUACUAGUGUUCCUAUUACACAUACAGGAACCAUUCAUAUCAAUGCAUCAUUGACAUUGCAUAAUGUUUUGCAUGUUUCAUCUUUUCGUUUCAAUUUGAUUAGUGUGAGUUCUCUGUUACAACAUGCAAACUGCUCUGGUCAUUUUUAUCCUCGUGAAUGCUUUAUACAGGACCAUACUCGGGACUUGAUGAUUGGUAAAGGAAAUCUUUUCAACAACUUGUACAUCCUUGCACCGAUUAUCACUUCUCCUGCAACGAAUUUCUGUGGCUCUUUGCUUGAUGGAAACAUAUAGCAUCAACGUUUAGGACAUCCUUCACUCACGAAGUUGCAACAUAUUCCCGGUAUUACUGUGUCUAAAUCGAGUCUAGAUCAUUGUUCAGUUUGUCCUUUAGCUAAGCAGAAGAACUUGCCUUAUGUUUCUCACAAUAAUAGGUCAUCUUUACCGUUUGAUUUAGUUCACUUAGAUACUUGGGGUCCAUUCUCAGUUGAAUCUGUAGAAGGUUAUAGAUAUUUCUUAACGAUUGUAGACGAUUGUUCUCGUGUAACUUGGAUCUAUAUGAUGAGAAAUAAAAGUGAUGUUCAUUCAAUCUUUCUCGCCUUUAUCAAAUAUGUUCAAACACAAUAUCAGUCUGUGAUUAAAAAGAUUAGAAGUGACAAUGCACCUGAACUAGCAUUCUCUCAAUUAAUAACAGAUCUUGGUAUUGUUCAUCAAUAUUCUUGUGCAUAUACACCUCAACAAAAUUCAGUGGUUGAACGCAAACACCAGCAUCUUUUAAAUGUAGCUCGUGCUUUACUUUUUCAAUCACAAGUUCCUCUUGCUUAUUGGAGUGACUGUGUUCUUACAGCUGUGUUUCUCAUCAAUAGAACACCAUCUUUGCUUUUGAACAAACGUUCUCCUUAUGAGAUUUUGUGUAAGAAAGUACCUGAUUACAAUUUUUUGCGCACGUUUGGCUGUCUGUGUUAUGCUUCGACUUAUCCUAAAGAUCGAACAAAGUUUACACCUCGUGCUAGUUCUUGUGUGUUUCUUGGAUAUGCUUCUGGUUACAAAGGUUACAAGGUAUUAGAUUUAGAUACUAAUCAGGCUUUUGUUACACGUAAUGUUACCUUUCAAGAAACAAUAUUUCCUUUUAAAACUCAGUCUGCAAGUACUGGUAAUGAUUCAUUGUUUACAGAAUCUAUUCUGCCUUUGUCUACUCCUGUUUCUUUAGAUUGUGGUGCUUCUUUACCUGUUCAUACUGCAAGCAUUCCAUCUUCAUUGGUUCCUGAACCUAUUGAACCUAGUACUACCACUGGAAUGAGGACGAUUGUCAUGCCUGGUGCAGGAUC